CACAACUUUUGGUGAAGUUUCAUCAAGAUAUCUUUAAAACUGAGAGACUAGUUUACAUAGAAACAGACAAAAGGAAAGACGUACAGACAAAUUUCGAUUCAGAUCGUGAUGCAAAUCAAGAAUAUAUAUACUUUAUGCGCUCCGAGGUGUCUCCUUCACUGCGUUGCAAGCUUUUGGCCUAAAUUAUAAUGCCCUUUGCUCUGCAAGGGUAUACAAGUUUUAGGCAAUCUAUAGGUUAAGAACUAAAAAUUUAUAACGUUCACAGAGACAAUUUCCCAAACAUUUUAACAUUGUUUAAGUUCCUAAUUAUCGUUAGAACUUGAAGAGAAGAUCCAUUCUUAGCAUCUUCAAUCGUUACCCGCUAAUCCAGCGGUACAUGCACUUCAUUAAGGCAAUUGAAGAAGGUCCAGUCCGAGAUGCGCCCCUAGUGCCCUGUCUAUUAAGAUCAAUUAGAAAGCUGAGGGAGAACCGACAACCCCCUUCGAGAUUUUGCAUAAAAAGACGACAGUGGAAGCCACUGCUGCACUUUGAGCCGCGAUGUCGGAGCCGGCGGAGGAACCUCCACUCUAUCUGACGCCUCAGUUCUUCAGGCGCUCUCUGGAGCACGGCCUGCAGCAGCUGGAUCUGCAAGUCCUCGCGGUGCAGCUGACCAAUUUGACGCGGGGCGGGGAGAACUACUGCAGCAACAUCUACCGUGCCCACGUCAGGUACCGCAGUGCGGGGGACAGAGUGCUGGAGGCUUCUUUGAUCGUUAAGUCCAUGCCGGACGAGAAGCAGGCUAUUCUGGCCCGCCUGCACAUCUACAACAAGGAAACCAUCUUCUACACGAGCAUCAAGCCGAAGCUAGAGGCGCUGAUGUGGCAGGUGCACGAUGUGUCCAGCCCCUGGACGCUGGCUGCCAAGCACUACUACUCCACCACCCAGCCGGAGCAGACCAUUAUCUUCGAGGACCUGUGCUCCGAUGGCUACCAGCUGAAGUGCCGUCAGUUGGGCCUGGACUUCGACCACGCGUCUCUGGCAAUGCGCAAGAUGGCCGAAUACCACGCCCUCACAAUGAUGAUGGCCGAACGGGAACCGGAGACCGUCGUGGACCGCUAUCCCUUCGGCCUGCUGCACAUAGACGCCAUCAAGUCAGAGCCCUUCAAACUGCUCUUCGGCACCCAACUCCUAAAGCUGGCCGCCUUGGUGGGUGACUCUCAGGGGUUCGGCGAGAUCACCACGAAGCUGUAUCGGUACCACGAGCACUUCACAGAGCGCGUCCUGAAGGCGGUGUACCCCCUUCUCGGAAGCCACAAUGUGCUCAACCACGGCGACCUUUGGGUGAACAACAUUUUUUUCAUGUACGAUUCCCACUACAAGGUGCAACAGGUGAAAUUCAUCGACUUCCAGUUGUGCUUCUACGGCAGCCUGGGCUUCGACAUAAACUACUUUCUGAACACCAGCCUGGAGCUGGAGGUACUCCGCGACCGACGGCAAGAGCUCAUCGACAUUUACUACAGGACACUGGUGCACAUCCUCAAGCAGCUGCCCUGGACCAAGCCACUGCCCAGCUAUGAGGGCGUUAUGGACGAGGUGCGGCAACGCGAGGCCUACGGGUUCUUUGUGGCCUUCGGCUUCUUCCCGCUGAUGAGCAUGUUUGGGGCGGACUCUGAGGACAACUCGCUGAAGAACUUCCACGACGAGACAUUCGCCAGGCAGAAAGUCCAGCUGAUGUUCGAGGGAAACACUCGCACUCUGGACAGCUUAAAAUGCACGCUCAAGCGACUGGAUGAGUUGAAACUGUUUGACUAACCAGUUAACAUCACAUUUUGCUCGACACAGAAAGGCAGUCUGUUAUCAGUGGAAGCUAAACUUCUCUCAUAUUAAAUCGCUUUAGCAAUCAGUUCACGGGUGACUAAAUAAAAUAUUCAAUAAGACGCCUUGACGCCUUAGUCAAUGACA